AAAGCACCACCACCAACCCCACCCCGCACCACCACCAAUCCACCACCAAUCCACCACCCUGUUGGAAAUGCAUUUGUGUUGGAGCCUGCCCUGCCCCAAGGUAGCGAGCAGCGGGCAGCGGCUGUCUAGAUGCUUCCCGAACCCGAAGUCACAAUAAUACCAAAAACAAGAAAAACAAAAACAAAGAUACCAAAACACACACACACAACAACAAGCAGAGGCAACACACAAAUGCACAAAAAGAUAAGAAACAGCAAGAAGAAAAAGCAAAACAAAAACAAGAAAAUCAAACCAAUCGGCAAAGAAGAGAAUUUUUUGUUUUUAUCCAAAUUUGAGAAAUUUGAUAAAUUGGCAAAGACAAGAACAAACCAAAUUACAAUGACAUCCAUAGGAAUUAUGACACUGAGCCGUGGCCCGUACAGCGAGCUCGAUAAAAUGAGCCUUUUUCAAGACCUCAAACUCAAACGCCGGAAAAUCGAUUCGAGAUGCAGCAGUGACGGAGAGUCCAUUGCGGACACAUCGACCUCGUCGCCGGAUCUUUUGGCGCCGAUGUCACCGAAGCUCUGCGACAGCGGCUCAGCCGGCGUGUUACCCCUGACACUGCCGCUGCCGCUGCCCCUGCCGCUGCCAUUGAGCCUGCCGCUGCCCAUGGCCCUGCCCCUGCCACUGCCACUGACCACCUCGGCCGCGGCCGCAUCGGUGGCGGCGGUAUCUGUGUCCCUGGCAGCAGCGGCGGUGGCAUCAGCGGGAACGGGAACGGGCACGGGAUCUGGAUCUGGAGGCGGAGCAACAGCAACAUCAACAGCUCCCUCCGUGUCCACAUCGAUAUCAGCGGUGGCCUCCUCCUCCACAUCAUCGCUGUCAUCGACAUCCUGCGCCUCCUCCUCGUCCUCUUCGUCAUCCUCGCUCUCCACCUCCUGCCCCAGCAGCAGCAGCAGCCGCAGCGGCAACAACACCAUCACCAUCACAUCCAAGGCCGGCCAGGUAGCCGGCUCCGGAGCAAGUAUCAAAAAGGAGCACUCAGAGAUUCACUCCUCCAGCAGCGGGAGCAGCAGCAGCGGCAGCGCAGUGACGACAGCGGCGGCUGCCUCCUCGGCAAUGUCACCACCGCCCACGGAGCAUCAGGCUCGUUCCAGCAGUCCGCCCACGUCGGAGGUGGCAGGCACCGCAGUGGCGCCCAGCGGUGGAUCGAUGAGCGGGGGGACGCGGGCAACGCCAACGCCGCCGCACAACAAUGGGGGCGCGGCAUCCAGUUCGAGCAAUGGCGGCGGCAGCAGUCGCGCCUCACCCGACUCCCUGGAGGAGAAGCCCUCGACGACAACGGGGCAGCGGCCCCAUCCGGGACCCACCAACGGUGUCCUCUCAUCCUCCACCACCACCAGCAGCUCCUCCUCGUCGUCCUGCUCCGCGGUCUCGGCCAGCAGCAAGCAGAGCCCGGGCGAGGUCAAUCUGAGCGUGAUCCGAUCCGUCAAGGAGGAGCGCCUGCUCACCGUCUCCACCAAGAUGCUCGCCUUCCACCAGCAGCGGGAGCGUGAGCGGGAGCAGGAGAGCAAGGCGGCAGCAGCAGCAGCAGCAGCGGCAGCGGCGGCGGCCGGACAUGUGACGGUGCUGGUCACUCCGUCGCGCAUCAAGUCGGAGCCACCGCCGCCCGGCUCGCCCUCUUCCACCUCCAACACGCAGCGAGAACGGGAGAGGGAGAGGGAAAGGGAACGAGACAGGGAUCGAGACAGAGACAGAGAAAGGGAGCGAGAAAGAGAGCGAGACAGGGACAGGGAUCGAGAUCGGGAACGGGAACGGGAACGGGAAUCCUCAUCGUCAAUCAGCUCCUCCCAGCAGCAUUUGAGCCGGGCCAGUCCGCCUCUGGGCGUGGGCCAGCAGCUCUCGCACGUGCCGCUGAGCGGCAGCGGGCACGGGCUGUCCACGGCCAUCGUCCAGACGCACCACCUGCACCAGCAACUGACACAGCCGCUGACCCUGCGCAAGAACAGUCCGCCAACGGAGCUGCAACUGGGCCAGAGUCCGCAGCAUCUGCUCAGUCAGUCCAUGCAGCAUCUCACCCAGCAGCAACAGCUCCACCUGCAUCAUCUACUCGGCCAGCAGCAGCAGCAGCAGCAGCAGCAGCAAUCGCCCCACCAGCAGCAGCAGCAGCAGCAUUCUCCGCACUCCCUGGUGCGUGUGAAGAAGGAACCAAAUGCGGGCACACAGUCGGCUCAGCGGCAUCUGUCGCCGCAUCACCAGCAGCAAUCGCCGCACAUGCAACACCACCAACAGCAGCAGCAGCAGCAACAGCAGCAGCAACAUCACCACCAGCAACAGCAGCAGCAGCAGCAGCAAAGGGAACCGCCACCGCAGGCGUUGGCAUUGAUGCAUCCGGCGUCGCUCUCCCUGCGCCACCCGAAUCGGGAUGCGGCCAUACUCUUCCGGGUGAAGAGCGAGGUGCAUCAGCAGGUGUCGGUGGGCUUGCCACAUCUGAUGCAGUCCGCGGGCGGAGCAGCAGCAGCGGCGGCGGUGGCCGCCCAACGGAUGGUCUGCUUCAGCAAUGCGCGCAUCAAUGGCGUCAAGCCGGAGGUGAUUGGCGGACCACUCGGCAAUCUGCGUCCCGUUGGGGGCGGCGGCGGCGUCGGCGGAGUGGGUGGCAAUGGAGGCUCGGUGCAGUGCCCAUCGCCGCAUCCCUCGUCGUCCUCCUCCUCAUCGCAGCUUUCCCCGCAGACGCCAUCGCAGACGCCGCCACGCGGCACGCCCACCGUCAUCAUGGGCGAGAGCUGUGGCGUUCGCACCAUGGUCUGGGGCUACGAGCCACCGCCACCAUCCGCCGGCCAAGGAGCAGCACACUCCCAUCCGCAUCCGCAUCCACAUCCGCAGCAGCAGCAGCAGCAGCAACAGUCGCCCCACCACCAGCAACAGCAGCAUCAACAGCAGCAACAGCAGCAGCAGCAGCAGCAGCAGCAGCAGCAGCAGAGCGGCGUGGUCAGUCAGGUGCACUGCCUGCAGUCGGCACUGCCCUCGCCCUCUGCUGGCUCCAUCACACCCUCCCACUCGUCCGGCGGCGGUGGAUCGGGCAGCGGCUCCCUGACGCCCUCGGGGUCGUCGAGCGCGGGGCCGCAGAACAACGAGGAGGCAGCCCAGCUGCUGCUCUCGCUCGGACAGAGUCGCAUCCAGGACAUGCGAGCGCGCCCCCAUCCCUUCCGCACCCCGCACGCCCUCAAUAUGGAGCGGCUGUGGGCGGGCGACUACUCGCAGCUGCCGCCCGGCCAACUGCAGGCGCUCAAUCUCAGCGCCCAGCAGCAGUGGGGCAGCUCCAACUCGUCGGGCGUGGGCGGUGUCGGUGCGGGCGGUGCCGGCGGCAGAGGCGGUGGCCUCGAAGCGCCCCACGAGCCCACGGACGAGGAUGAACAGCCGCUGGUGUGCAUGAUCUGCGAGGACAAGGCCACCGGCCUGCACUACGGCAUCAUCACCUGCGAGGGCUGCAAGGGCUUCUUCAAGCGCACGGUGCAGAACCGACGCGUCUACACCUGCGUGGCGGAUGGCACCUGCGAAAUAACCAAAGCACAGCGCAACCGUUGUCAGUAUUGUCGAUUUAAGAAAUGCAUUGAGCAGGGCAUGGUGCUGCAGGCCGUUCGUGAGGAUCGCAUGCCAGGUGGACGCAACAGCGGCGCCGUCUACAACCUGUACAAGGUCAAAUACAAGAAGCACAAGAAGACGAACCAGAAGCAGCAGCAGCAGCAGGCCGCCCAGCAGCAACAGCAGCAGCAGCAGCAGCAGCACCAACAGCAGCAGCAGCAGAUGCACUCACCGAUCCACCAUCAUCAUCAGCAUCAACACCAGCAGCAGCAGCAGCAGCAGCAGCAUCAGCAUCAUCAGCAGCAUCACCACAACCAGCAUCAGCAGCAACUGCAGGCGCAGCUCUCGCCCCACCAUCUGCUCUCCCCGCAGCAGCAGCAACUGGCAGCCGCUGUGGCAGCAGCCGCGCAGCAUCAGCACCAGCAGCAACAACAGCAGCAACAGCAACAGCAGCAGCAACAGUCAAAGCUGAUGGGCGGUGGUGUGGACAUGAAGCCCAUGUUCCUGGGUCCCGUGCUCAAAUCGGAGCUGCUGCAGUCGCAGCCAAUGCACAGCCCGGCCCAGCAGCAGCAGCAGCAGCAAUCGUCGCCGCAUUUGUCCCUCAGCUCACCCCUGCAGCAGGGGCAGCAGCAGCAGGGACAGGGACAGGGACAGGGACAAGGUCAGCACCACAACCAUCAUCAGCAUAGCUCUGGGGGCGGUGGUGGUGGUGGAGCAUCGUCACAGCCAUCGCUGCCGCCGCAUCUGAUGAACGGCACCAUACUGAAGACGGCCCUGACCAAUCCCAGCGAGAUUGUGCAUCUGCGCCAUCGACUGGACUCGGCGGUGAGCUCGUCGAAGGACAGGCAAAUCUCGUACGAGCACGCGCUGGCCAUGAUCCAGACGCUGAUCGACUGCGAUGCCAUGGAGGACAUUGCCACGCUGCCGCACUUUAGCGAGUUCCUCGAGGACAAGUCGGAGAUCAGCGAGAAGCUGUGCAACAUCGGCGACUCCAUUGUGCACAAGCUGGUGUCGUGGACGAAGAAGUUGCCGUUCUAUCUGGAGAUACCCGUGGAGAUACACACCAAGCUGCUCACCGACAAGUGGCACGAGAUCCUCAUCCUCACCACGGCCGCCUAUCAGGCGCUGCACGGCAAGCGCUCCAGCCAAUCCGGAGCGGGUUCAGCGGCCACCGGAGCAUCCGCCAACAAUCAUGGCAGUCGUCAUGGGUCACCGGCCUCAACGCCGACACCCACGCAGACCUCAUUGUCAAUGUCCUCGCCCGCCCAGCCGCUGCACAAGGACGAUCCGGAAUUUGUGAGCGAAGUGAACUCCCAUCUGAGCACCCUGCAAACCUGCCUGACCACACUGAUGGGCCAGCCCAUUGCCAUGGAGCAGCUGAAGCUGGACGUGGGCCACAUGGUGGACAAGAUGACCCAAAUCACGAUCAUGUUCCGGCGCAUCAAGCUCAAGAUGGAGGAAUAUGUCUGCCUCAAGGUCUACAUUCUCCUGAACAAAGCAGAAGUGGAACUGGAGAGCAUUCAGGAGCGUUAUAUCCAGGUGCUGCGCUCCUAUCUGCAGAACUCAUCGCCCCAGAACCCACAGGCGCGUCUCAGCGAGCUGCUCUCCCACAUACCAGAGAUCCAGGCAGCCGCUAGCCUGCUGCUCGAGAGCAAAAUGUUCUAUGUGCCCUUCGUGCUCAAUUCGGCGAGCAUAAGGUAGCAGAUGCUUGAACACGGCCUGCUGCAAACCACCAACCAUCUACCAGCACCAACUCCGACUUCACCCGGACCACCAGAAGCGGCACAGGAGCGGGAGCGGCAGCAGCAACAACAGGAGCAGUCAGCAGGAGCAGGAGCAG